AUGGUGCCCAGCGGGGUGCUGGGGCUGCUCCUGUGUGGUGUGCAGCUCUGUGGGGGCGCCGAGGAGCUGCGGCUGGUGAAUGGCGGUGGGCGCUGCGCUGGCAGGGUGGAGGUGAAGCACGACGGGGAAUGGGGCUCUGUCUGCAGCUACGACUUCGACUGGCAUGCCAACUGGGCCAGGGUGGUGUGCCAGCAGCUGGGCUGUGGGCCCGUGCUCCACUCAUCCCCCCAUGCCCCGUUUGGGCGAGGCACCGGCAGGAUUUGGCUCCAGCCCUUCUUCUGCGAUGGCAGCGAGGAGGCGCUGGAGGAAUGUCCCCACUUCGGCUGGGGCGAGCACUUCUGCGGCCACGAGCUGGACGUGGGGGUGACCUGUGCAGAGGCGGUGGAGCUGAGGCUGGCAGCUGGCACGGGUCCCUGCGCCGGGAGGGUGGAGGUGAAGCUGCGGGGCCGCUGGGGCACGGUGGCAGAUCCUGACUGGGACAUGAGGGAAGCCGAGGUGGUGUGCCAGCAGCUGGGCUGUGGCUUGGCCGCCGGUGCCUAUGCUGCUGCCACCCGCUUUGGCGAAGGGGAUGGUGCCCUCAGCCUGGUUCUGGUCAACUGCCACGGGCACGAGGCCACCCUCUGGGACUGUGAGAUCCGCGGCUGGGGACCCUACACCGGCUUCCACGACUUAGACACCGCCGUCGUCUGCCAAGGGUUUGCCCGUCUGGUUGGUGGCGAGAGCGGCUGCGCUGGGCGGCUGGAGGUGCGGCGAGGCCAAGCUUGGGCGGGUGUCUGUGAGGACCAGGUGGACGUGGAGGCUGCGCAGGUGGUGUGCCGGGAGCUGGGCUGUGGUGCGGCACUGGCUGUCACCGGCACCGGUUGGAUGGAGGCUGGAACGGAGCCUUUCUGGGAGGAGGGGUUUGAGUGCACUGGCACCGAGCCCCUCCUUGCUGCCUGCGCCCGGCGGCCACCUAGCAGCCAGAGCUGUGAUGGCCAUGCCUUCAUUGUCUGCUCCUCUUACUCUGGUUUCCGGCUGGUGGGCAACACCUCGAGCUGCACCGGGCGGGUGGAAGCAGAGGUGGGGGGCACGUGGGGGUCCCUCUGUGCCUCUGGCUGGGACCUGCCCGAUGCCCACGUCCUCUGCCACCACCUCGGCUGUGGCCCUGCCGUCGCCGUGCCCCCUGGAGGCUCCUUUGGCGGGGAGGAUGGGCUGCUGUGGAGGGAUACGUUCAGCUGCCACGGGAGCGAGUGGCACCCCGGCGAGUGCCCUGUGGCCGUGCUGGGGGAACCCACCUGUCCCCCUGGCCAUGCUGCCACCAUCAACUGCUCAGGUGAUGCCAAGCCCCUGCGGCUAGUGGAUGGGCAGAGCCGAUGUGAUGGGCGGCUGGAGGUUGUCACAAGCCCCUGGGGUUGGAGCCGUGUGCCAGCAGGGCUGUGGGAUGCCCGCGGUGCCAGCGUGGUGUGCAGGCAGCUGAGCUGCGGUGUGCCAGAGAAGGUCUACGCUGUGCCAAGCUUGGGCAAGGUAGGGCCGCGGGGGCUGUGGUGUGAUGGCACCGAGGAGAACCUGGCCCUGUGCAACGUCUCCGGGGUGGCCACCAUGCCAACCGGCAGCCCUGAAGAGGUGGCCAUCAUCUGCUCGGGCAGCCGGCGGGUGAGGCUGGCAGCCGGCCCCGGUCGCUGUGCCGGGCGGGUGGAGGUCUACAUCAACGGCACAUGGGGCACCGUCUGCCAGGACCGCUGGGACGGGCCGGAUGCCACCGUCGUGUGCCGCCAGCUGGGCUGCGGGAGGGCGCUGGAGGCGCCCAGCUCAGCUCGCUUCGGCCCUGGCACGGGGCCGCUGUGGCUGGGUGCCGAUGGCUGUGCUGGCACCGAGCUGUCCCUCUGGGACUGCCCAGCUCUGGAACGCCGUGGCUGCCGGCGCGGCGGCGGGGCGGCUGCCGUCUGCUCAGAGCAGCUCUCCCUGCGGCUGGUGGGGAGUCGCUGCAAGGGGCACCUCGAGGUGUUCUACAACGGCACCUGGGGACGCGUGUGUGCCGAUGGCACCAGCCCUGCCACGGCCACCACUGUUUGCCGGCACCUUGGUUGUGGGGACAGGGGCUGGCUGGUAGCUGCCCCCGCCCUGGACCCAGCGCCAGCCUGGCUGGCAUGGGUGGGCUGUGAGCAGGGGACCCGCUCGCUCUGGCGAUGCCCCUCGGCACCCUGGCAGCUGCAGCCCUGCAGCCCCGCUGGCGACGCCCAUGUCACUUGUGAGCAGGACAGUGAUGACAGGAGUGAGACGCCCACCCCAUCCCCAGGUAGCUCUGCUCGUGCUGAAACCCCCCACACCGUGCCGGUGGCCACGAUCCUGUGCGUGGUCCUGGGGAUGCUGCUGUGCCUGGCCCUGGCUGCCCUGGUUGUGCAGAGCUGCCGUGCCCAGGCUUGGUGCCAAGGUGGGUCCCGCGAUGCUGUCUCAGAUGCCGUCUAUGAGGAGCUGGACUACACCCUGACACCAGAGUACCAGGAGGUGCUCAGUCACUCAGGCUCCCUGUCAGAGGGAUCAGGGACAAAGCUGCCAUGUGACACCAGGGACAGCAUCGAGGAGGAGAGUGACCCCAUGGCAGCCCCAGGACCCCCAGAUGGCUAUGAUGAUGCUCUGGCUGACCAUGCUGGGGACAUCUCAGAGGAGGUGGCAUGGAGGAGCUUGGACUGUGGCACACCCACAGGAGCCACAGAGGACCCUCUAGAAGAGCCCCCAGGGGACACAGACUAUGAUGAUGUUGGCAUCAGCACACCAGGGACAUCACUGUGA